UUCCAACAUCUACACAAAGAUGGUGACCUAUACCACUUAAAGAACCUGUAGCCUUACUAGUCUUGUUCUAGCCACACAUGCCCUUUCUCUCGUAGCCCAACAUACAUGAGUGAUUUAUAAAGCUGUAUUUAUUUAUUUAUGGAGAUUUUUUCCUUUUAGUGUGUUUUUGUUCUUUGUUUUCUCUCUUUUUUGCAAGAAGCUAGAUUGGGUCCAUGUCUGUCUACAUGUCUUUGUAACUCUCUUUACUAUAUACGUAUAAGUUAUCUUCAUUUGCAUUUGACGACAACGUGGACUGCAGGUGCUGACUGGUAUUUCACCAUUUUAUUAGCUUAUAAAGCUACCAGACAAUACUACUAGUACUCCACACACACUCUCUCCCCCCCCCCCCUCUCCCCCUCUCGUACCAUAUAUUGAGCUCUCCCUUCAAAGUUCUCUCUUAUUCAAACACUAUAUUAUUGUAGCAUCUCUCUCACUCUGGGAGGAGGCUUACUGUUUUGGCUUGUACUCUCUCUGUCACUUGCUAGCUACCCUCUAACUAUAAACCUGCCAUAUUCCCCCACUUCUUCAUUGCCUUACUCUCCCCAUUCCUCUCUUCUCUCUCAAUCCUGCACAAACACUAGAAAAAACCCCUAUUCAUCUUUCAUUUUGGCACCAGCCCAAUUCAUCUUUUGCUAUUAACAGAAACUGGUUGAAGAGAUUGAAAGAGAGGCGACCAUGAUGCAUAGGUGCAGUAGUUCUCACUGUAAUAUGGUAGGUCCAUGUUCAUGUAGUAUGUAUCAUACCCAGAGCAACUCAUUCUCCAUGCUAUUUUCCAUGCCAAACCAUCACAAAUCUUUUGAUGAAACAGACAUGUACCCUGUCACGUCCCCUUCGUCUUCUGUUGAUUGCACUCUUUCGUUAGGAACCCCAUCUACUCGUUUAAGUGAAGACGAUGAGAAAAGGAUGCGGCAUGAUCAACGCCGUUCUGGUUCUUGCAUGUCUAACUUUUGUUGGGAUAUUUUGCAAACAAAAAAUAAUUCUACACCUUAUCCACCUCAAGCCCAUAAAACUAGCCGUGGAAGUAGUAAUAGCAGUCAUAAUAGCAAUAACAACCUGGCCAAUAACGAUCCUCUCCUUGCUCGCCGAUGUGCUAAUUGUGACACCACCUCUACUCCUCUCUGGAGAAACGGUCCAAGAGGCCCUAAGUCGCUUUGCAAUGCGUGUGGAAUUCGGUUCAAAAAGGAAGAGAGAAGGGCAACAGCCGCAAGCGCAAACAAUGCAAGUGCCUCAGGUGCAAUGGAGCAGCACUAUGGUUAUCAUCAAAACAAUUCAUGGGUUCAGACCCAAAAAAUGCCAUGUUUCUCUCCGGCAAAUGAAUUCAGGUUCAUAGAAGACAAUGAUCGAGAUUCUGAUACUGGCAAUAACAUCCCGUUCCUUUCUUGGAGACUCAAUGUCACAGACAGGCCUAGCCAGCUUGUUCAUGACUUUACAAGAUACUGAGAAAUUCGAUGGAGUACCAAAAGCAAAAGAAAGGAAGAACGGUCAAGAUCAUGAAAUAUUGGCAAGUGACUUCAAAACACAAAACGAUGUUGUCGAAGAUGUUGGUGAUGUUUAUUACAUUGAUGAUUAUGUUAUAUGGACCAUAAAUAUAAUGGUCUUGUCAAAUUCUUUUUUCUUCUUUGUUUGCUUUGAUUUCUUUCCUCUUUUCUUUAGUUUCCCCUUUCUCCUUUCUUACAUCGAUGGAGUGAAAACGGGAUAAUUCUAUGUUCUUAGUUGCUUUUCUUUUAGGCCUCCUUAGCUAUCUUUAACUUUUCCCAUCUUUCAGUUACAUAAAACCUUUCUGUUACUUCA